AUGAUACUGCCGCUACAUCUUCAAGGGGACGAAGAUCAGUCCAUGACAGACUCGGGUAGCUCGAACGCGUCCUCUGCGCUCAAUUUGGCACAAGCAUCCGUGCUAGACAUUGUAAAAGAAGGAAAACGGGUAAUUGCAGCCUUUUUGAGUGAUACGCAGUGCUACGAUGUUAUAAAAAACAGCGGAAAAGUAGUGGUAUUUGAUGUCAAGAUCCCUAUUAAUCUAGCUUUUUUUUGCACUAAUAUCAAGUCAGUGCCAAUUUGGGACGCUGAGCAGGGCAAAUUCGUGGGCAUGUUCACAGCGACCGAUUUUGUUAACAUUCUACGUCACUUUUAUAUCCGUGGAUCGCCCAUGAAUGAGCUAGCAGAGCACAGCAUUGCCUCGUGGAGAGCUAUUCCUCAUUCUUUGUCGAUGGCACAAACAAGAGAGGAGAUGAUAUCUGUCACACCGGAGCACAAUCUAUACGACGUAUGCAAGAUUCUUCGUGACAAUAGGCUUCAUAGACUUCCCAUAGUAGACCCAAUCCAGAAUUCGGUCUUGUCUGUCAUCACGCACAGCGGGAUUUUGGAAUACUUGGUGGCCACUUUCCGCGAGCAGCGUCGGCUGUUCGAUCAGCCCAUAUUUGACCUAGGUAUAGGCGUCUACAGUGGCUUCGUGACUGUUCCCGAAGAUAUGCCGCUUAUUCGCGUGCUGCACACGCUGAUUGAGAGGAGGGUUUCCGCUGUACCGAUAGUCGACCCCAGUGGCGUUGUUGUGAAUAUUUAUUGUGUAUCGAACGUCACCGAAUUGGUGAAAGACUGGUCACUUACUCAAUUAGACAUGCCUGUGGGAGAAAUUCUUAGGAUCCAAGCUGCUGAGGGCAAUGCCGGAGAAGGCCUGCAUUUAUGUUACAAGACUGACACACUUCACAUGAUAUUCGAGCGGUUUGCGGCAUGCAAGGCGCAUCGGUUUGUGUGCGUGGACGAGUAUUCGCGUUGCGUGGGUCUCGUAUCCCUCAGUGAUUUGUUUAAUUAUUUUGUUGAGUAG